GCGAUGAUUGGCGUCCCUGCGAACCAAUGGGGCUUGAGAAAAACGGGGGGCGCCUCGCGAUGCAGCCAAUGCGCGUGGAGGUGGGGGCUCUCCGAAGCAGGAAGCGGCCCGAGGAAAGGGGAGGCCGCUCCCCGGAGUAGGGCUUGUGGAGACGCUGGGAAGCCAAGCUGGGACCGGGCCCCGACCCCGCAGGGAGGACGGAGCCUCGCAGAUCCUUCUGAAAUCUCCGCCAUGGGGGACAUGAAGACCCCGGAUUUUGACGACCUUUUGGCUGCCUUCGACAUUCCGGAUAUCGACGCCAGCGAGGCCAUCCACUCCGGUCAAGAGGAAACGGAGGCCCACAUCAAGCCUAUCCCAGCAGAGCCAGCGGUCCCUGAGCACAACCUCCCCCAUGUUGACAUCACCACUGUCAGCGUCAUCGUGAAGAAUACGGUCUGCCCUGAGCAGCUGGAACCUGUGGAUGGGAGGGUCAAGGACCCCCACGCCACCGCCGGCCCACGGCUGCUCCAAAACGGCUUUGCUGCGUCCGAGGUGCCGCAUGCCUCUCCUGCCCGCCCAGCGGAAGCAAUACCCCCCGCCAACGGAGAGUGUUGGGCACCGAAAGAGAAGACGGCAGCCAAAAGCCUCGAUCUCUUCUCCCACUUUGGACCCAAUCCUCACGGGGACGAUAACGCGGAGGCCAACCUCAUUGACCAGCCGCACGAAUGCAAACCCAAGGACAAGACCCUCGCGGUGCCUCCCCUCUCCCCGGCCCCUGUACUUUCGGCCGCCCCGCCUUUAGAGCGCCACGAAUCCGUCCAGGAGGGUCCUGGGCCACUCACGCCACCCUUCCCUCCAUCAUUGGAUGCCUGUACGACGGGUGGGCCGGGUCUUCCUCUCAAUCCUCCUCCACCGCUGCCGCCUCUUCCAGUCAUCAAGCAGGAAGCCGACGGCGAGGCGUCCUGCUUGGGAGGCAGUUCGUUGGGCCGUCCAAAAUCAGGCUCCGUUUCCUAUUCCGCAGACGAUUCCCCCGUGGCACCGUGGACUGCUUCAGACAGCAACCUCGGCGGGCCCCACGACAACGAUGCCGAAGUCAAGCGUUCCCCCUCCAGCCCACCAAAUAAGCUCUUCAAAAGCUCUCCCGGUGCUUCUGCCUCGCCGAAACCUCUCCCCGGCAAUCCGGCCUUGAAGGAAGAGCCUGUCGAGAAGCCCGUGCUGUGUACGUCCAGCGGGGAGGAGGGGAUGGAGGAGGAAGAGGAGAACGCAGACGAGAGCGAUGGGUCUCCCUCAUCCAAUUCUUCACGGCCCUUGAGGGUGAGGAUUAAGAUCAUCAAGACGUCUUCCGGAAACAUCACCAGGACGGUUACGAGGGUGUCUUCGGAUUCGGAUCCCGGAGCGGCCAAGGCGUUAUUGGAGAGUGAUUCCCCAGAAGUGACGGUCACCGCCGGCGACGAAUCCACGCUUCCUCCCUUAGCAGAGAAGGAGGAGUCCCCCAGCCCCAAAGCCGUGCCCACCAGCCCCGUGAAGGUCGUUGAAGGUCCCAAAAUCGUCAGCGUGCAACUUGGCGACGGGACCAAGAUCAAAGGGACGGUGCUGCCCGUCUCCACCAUCCAGAACGCCAGCAGCGCCAUGCUGAUGGCUGCCAGCGUGGCCCAGCAGAAGGCCGUGGUCCUGCCCAGCAAAGCCGUGGCCAAGAACAUCAUCAGCUUGGUCCCGCAGGCCUUGCCCAAAGUUGCCGAAGCGCGGACUGCGCCGGGCCAGCAGUCUCCUGGCGCGAACCAGAAAGUCAAUGGCACCACGGUGGUGGUGAUGCAACCCCAAAAGUCCGUACCUGCCGUCGCCGGGACGGUCAUCUCCCGCAGCCAGUCCAGCCUGGUGGAGGCCUUCAACAAGAUCCUGAACAGCAAGAACCUCCUGCCUACCUACAAACCCAACCUGGUCCCGCCGGCGGAGUCCAGCCUCUCCCUGCCGCCUCUGGGGUUCCGCUGCCUCGAGUGCGGGGACGCCUUCGCCCUGGAGAAGAGCCUGGCUCGGCACUACGACCGGCGCAGCAUGCGCAUCGAGGUGACCUGCAACCACUGCACCAAGCGCCUGGUCUUCUUCAACAAGUGCAGCCUCCUCCUCCACGCCCGCGAACACAAGGACAAAGGGCUGGUCAUGCAAUGCUCUCAUCUAGUCAUGCGCCCUAUCGCCCUGGACCAGAUGAUCGGGCAGCCCGACAUCAUGCCGCUGGCCUCCUUGGCCUCCCUUAGCACCAACAAGGCGGCCGCCGUAGCCUCCGCCGCCAUGACGCAAGAGGCCCUGGCAGUGGCUGCCUCCGCCACCGGCGUGGCUUCCUCUCAGGACUUGCCGGUCUUACCUUUGAACGGUGGCACGGAGCCGGCGACCACCAACUCGUGCCAGUGCCUGGAGUGCAAGGAACAGUGCAAGGAUAAGGCCGGCCUUGCCGCUCACUUCCAGCAGACCGCCUCUUCCACCUCCACGGUCUGCAGCACCUGCCCCAUGAUCAUGCCCAACCGCUGCAGCUUCAGCGCCCACCAGCGCAUGCACAAGAGCCGCCCGCCCCACGUCUGCCCCGAGUGCGGGGGCAACUUCCUCUUGGCGAACUUCGAAGCUCACCUCAAGGACGCCUGCCUCCAUUUCUCCCGAAGGAUCGGCUACAGGUGUCCGAGCUGCUCGGUCGUGUUUGGAGGGGUCAACUCCAUCAAGUCCCACAUCCAGGCCUGCCACUGCGAAGUCUUCCACAAGUGCCCCAUCUGCCCCAUGGCGUUCAAGUCGGCCCCCAGCGCCAACGCCCACAUUUUCACCCAGCACCCCGGCUUCGGCACCCAGUUGCCCAAGCUGAUCUACAAGUGCGCCAUGUGCGACACGGUCUUCACCCACAAGCCCCUGCUCUCCUCCCACUUUGACCAGCACCUGCUCAACCAGAGGGUGAGCGUCUUCAAGUGCCCCGACUGCCCUCUCCUCUUCGCCCAGAAGCGGACGAUGAUGGAGCACCUCAAGAAAUCCCAUCCGCCCCAGAAGCCCAAAGAAGAGCCUACCAAGAAGCUGCCUGCUGCCGCUCCUGCUGCCCCUGUUGCUCCUGCUCUGACCCCCAAGCAAGAACCCAUCGAAGAGCCCCCUCCACCCUCCGCCGCCAAGGUCUCAGAUUCCUCGCCCUCCUCUUCGUCUGAAGACGAGGAGCCGCCCAGCUCCCCUGAGGUGCGCAAGGCCAAGAGGGGCCGCUUCCAGCAACGGAGAACCGGGGCCAGCGGACGCUCGCGCAGCAACGGCUGGACCUGCGGCAUCUGCCACUCCUGGUUCCCCGAGCGGGACGAGUACGUCGUCCACAUGAAGAAGAUCCACGGGAAGUGCGUGAAGAAGUUUCCCUGCCACCUCUGCGAACGCUCCUUCUGCUCGGCCCCCAGCCUCCGGAGGCACGUCCGGGUGAACCACGAGGGCAUCAAGCGCGUCUACCCCUGCCGGUACUGCACGGAAGGCAAGCGUACCUUCAGCAGCCGCCUGAUCCUGGAGAAGCACAUCCAGGUGCGCCACGGCAUCAAAGUGACUGACGACACCCAGAGCCAGGAGGUACUCCUCACCCGCUCAGGACCCAGGAACCUGCAGGCGUCGCUCCGGAAGCGCAAGCUCUCCUCGGACGAAGGGGACUCCUGCAGCGAGGAGCCGGACAGCACCACCCCGCCUUCCAAGACCCACAAAGGCGACCGGAAGCCCCCCUUCACCUGCCGCAAGUGCGGCUACGCGGCUUCCUCGGCGGCCGACUUCCAGGAGCACAUCCCCCAGCACCGGACAGGCGAGAGCGCCCACCAGUGCCGGGAGUGCGGGCUGUGCUUCACCUCGCAGGUCUCCCUCAACCGCCACCGCUUCAUCACCCACAAGAAGAAGCGGGGGGCCGGGCCGGGCUCCGAUCCCCCAGAGGAGGACCCCCCGACUCCUGGCGAGGGCCGGCUCUCCUGCACCGUCUGCGGUAAGGCCUUCGACACCGAGCUCAACCUCAAGACUCACUUCCGCACCCACGGCAUGGCCUUCAUCAAAGCCCGGCAGAACGUCGGGGCGGAGAAUUAAACCGGGGCAAACCCGAUCCAGACGUUGGAGGGCGGCGGUCCUAUCCUCACUCUCAUUUUGACGCCGAGUGAUGGCAGAGAGGUUGGAAUCGGGGAACGAACAAACAGCCAGGAACGAGGGCCUUAUUUAUAACGUUCAAUUUGCCUCUUCCAACGAAAGUCUCGUCUGACGGGUUUCGGUUCCGUAUUUGGUUUCCAAAGGGCUGAAACUAUUCCGGGGGCAAACGGAAACCCCACGUACGAGGAUGUAGACCUCCAAGGACCGGGAUAUGGAUCUCCCCGUGCGGGGAAGUUUGUGAAUCACUGUAAAAGGCGGGAGGUUUGUUCUUCCUUCUGGGGUUUGUUCAUUCAUCCUUUUUAAAAAUUUCUUCCUUCGUUUGUUCUUUUCCUAGCACACCGUAGCAUUAACCAGGCACUAGGUUUGAGCGGAGUUCUCUCUUUUCUCGCCAAGGUUUGAUUCCUCCCAGAGAUAGGUGUCUUGCUCCCAUCCUCUCCGUCUUCCUCCAAUUUCAAAGUCUGUGUUUCAGUUACCUUCCUUUCCACAGAAUCAUGGGUUGUCUUCUUCCCUUCCUGGGCCGGAGCAAUUGCUCCCCACCAACCGACGGGUGCUUUUUCUAUGUGCUUCCGGUGCUUUCCAAGCCAUUCCAAAGGCAUAUUAGAGUCAGUGGCAUAAAGGUAGUCUCGUUCUGAGGAGAGCGAGUAGGCCGAAGCCUGUUAAGAGUCCUGAGGAGUGUGAGGUAAACCUCAGUGUGAGAAAAGCUUUGGUGAGAGGCAGAACGACUCCUUAAUGACUCCUUAAAAACAAUAACAGCUUUGGUAGUCACCCUGAAGACUGUGAGGUAAAACUCAGUGUGAGAGAAGCUUUGGUGAGAGGCAGAACGACUCCUUAAAAACAACCACAGCUUUGGUAGUCAUCCUGAGGAGUGUGAGGUAAACCUCAGUGUGAGAGAAGCUUUGGUAAGAGGCAGAACGACUCCUUAAAAAAAUUACAUUUUGGUAGUCAUUCAAAGGAGUGCAAGGUAAACCACAGUGUGAGAAAAGCUUUGGUGAGAGGUAGAACGACUCCUUAAUGACUUCUUAAAAACAGUCACAGCUUUGGUAGUCAUCCUGAGGAGUGUGAGGUAAACCUCAGUGUAAGGGACGCUUUGCUGAGAGGCAGUAUGACUCCUUAACGACUCCUUAGAAAGAAUCACAACUAUGGUAGUCAUCCUGAGGAGUGUGAAGUAAACCUCUGUGUAAGAGAAGCUUUAGUGAGAGGCAGAACAACUCCUUAAAAAAAAUUACAGCUUUGGUAGUCAUUCUGAGGAGUGUGAGGUAAACCUCAGUGUGAAAAAAGCUUUGGUGAGAGGCAGAACGACUCCUUAACGACUCCUUAAAAACAAUGACAGCUUUGGUAGUCACCCUGAAGAGUGUUAGGUAAACCUCAGUGUGAGAAAAACUUUGGUGAGAGGCAAAACGACUCCUUAAAAACAAUCACAGCUUUGGUAGUCAUCUUAGGUAGUCAUUCUGAGGAGUGUGAGGUAAACCUCAGUGUGAGAGAAGCUUUGUUGAGAGGCAGAACCACUCCUUAACGACUCCUUAAAAACAAUCACAGCCUUGGUAGUCAUUCUGAGGAGUGUGAGGUAAACCUCAGUGUGAGAGAAGCUUUGGUGAGAGCCAGAACGACUCCUUAAAAACAUUCACAGCUUUGGUAGUCAUUUUCGGAAGCAUUCUUUCCUGACAUUUCGCCCACAUCUGUGGCAGGCAUCACAGAGAAUGCUUCCGGAACAUGGCCAGACAGCCUAGAAAACACACAACAACCUAUGUUAUGGUGCUUACAUAUUUAUUCUUUCCUCCCCCCAUUCCCAACUGGGAAAAUGCCAAAGCUGGGCCUUUGGAAGGUUGGUGGACUCCAGUUCCCAUUAUCCUUCCUCGCUCUGCCCAGAAUGGCCGAAUCCGACGGUACUUGGAGUCCACCCGACUGUUUUUCAGUCUUUUGUUUUGGAAAUGCAGCUUCUUGAAUCAUGUUCUGACAAAUCCCGCUUCCAGAUCAUGCUGUCAAUCUUUACCAAUCAUGAUAUCGAUCUUCCGCCCGCUUACCGCUCCGAUUUGGACCCAUCUUCAGGGAUGGAAUUAUGUCUCGUCUUCCAAACAGUCUCCUGACUGGCAAAACAUUCCUAGAUUGCAAAGCCCACAAUCUGCUGGAAACGGCAGCUUGUUUCUCUUCUUUUCCUUCCUUCCUUCCUUCCUUCCUUCCUUCCUUCCUUCCUUCCUUCCUUCCUUUUUAAAUACAUAGUGCAAACGGAGGAUCCCGAAGCUCCUGAUACCUGUUCCGGUGCUUGAAAUCAUGUCUGUUCUCUAUUGAUUUGGAUCAGGAUGGAGAGAGGCUCCUCCUUGUUGUAGUCACUUGAAUAUUUGUUUUUUCUUGGUUUUGUUUUUUGGGGUUCUUUGGGGUGUUUGUCACAUUAACCAAGUAUACACUUCAAAAACAAAAUUUCGAGUCCGACGACGGUUGUUUUCUUUGCGGAGAGCAAAGGGAGUUGUGUCUUAUUUUGACUCGUUUGGCAUAAAGAUCUGUUUGGAGAGUCCAACCAAAUGGGGACGGACUAUAACUCCCAAAUUAAUCAAGGCCGGGGAUUGUCGUCCAAGACCUCGAGGAAGAAAAGCGGGCGAAUUCGUGAGAGGCAGAACGACUCCUUAAAAACAACCACAGUUUUGGUAGUCAUCUUAGGUAGUCAUUCUAAGGAGUGUGAGGUUAACCUCAGUGUGAGAGAAGCUUUGGCGAGAGGCAGAACAACUCCUUAACGACUCCUUAAAAACAGUCACAGCUUUGGUCGUCAUUCUAAGGAGUGUGAGGUAAACCUCAGUGUGAGAGAAGCUUUAGUGAGAGGCWGAACGACUCCUUAACGACUCCUUAAAAACAGUCACWGCUUUGGUAGUCAUCUUAGGUAGUCAUUCUGAGGAGUGUGAGGUUAACCUCAGGGUGAGGGAAGCUUUGGUGAGAGGUAGAAUGACCCCUUAAUUACUCCUUAAAAACAGUCCCAGCUUUGGUAGUCAUCUUAGGUAGUCAUUCUGAGGAGUGUGAGGUUAUCUUCAGGGUGAGAGAAGCUUUGGUGAGAGGUAGACUGACCCCUUAAUUACUCCUUAAAAACAGUCACAGCUUUGGUAGUCAGGUAGUCAUUCUGAGGAGUGUGAGGUAAACCUCAGUGUGAGAGAAGCUUUCAUGAGAGGCAGAACGAUUCCUUAAUUACUCCUUAAAAACAGUCACAGCUUUGGUCGUCAUUCUAAGGAGUGUGAGGUUAACCUCAGGGUGAGGGAAGCUUUGGUGAGAGGUAGAAUGACCCCUUAAUUACUCCUUAAAAACAGUCACAGCUUUGGUAGUCAUCUUAGGUAGUCAUUCUGAGGAGUGUGAGGUUAACUUCAGGGUGAGAGAAGCUUUGGUGAGAGGCAGAACGACCCCUUAAUUACUCCUUAAAAACAGUCACAACUUUGGUAGUCAGGUAGUCAUUCUGAGGAGUGUGAGGUAAACCUCAGUGUGAGAGAAGCUUCAGUGAGAGGCUGAACGACYCCUUAACAACUCCUUAAAAGCAAUCACAGCUUUGGUCGUCAUCCUGAGGAGUGUGAGGUAAACCUCAGUGUGAGAGAAGCUUCGUUGAGAGGCAGAACGACUCCAUCACAGCUCCUUUAAAACAACCACAGUUUUUGUAGUAAUCUUAGGUAGUCAUUCUGAGGAGUGUGAGGUAAACCUCAGUGUGGGAGAAGCUUUGGUGAGAGGCGGAACAACUCCUUAACGACUCCUUAAAAACAGUCACAGCUUUGGCAGUCAUUCUGAGGAGUGUGAGGUAAACCUCAGUGUGAGAGAAACUUUGGUGAGAGGCAGAAUGACUCCUUAAAAACAAUCGCAGCUUUGGUAGUCAACUUAGGUAGACAUUCUGAGGAGUGUGAGGUAAACCUCAGUGUGAGGGAAGCUUUGGUGAGAGGCAGAACAACUCCUUAACAACUCCUUAAAAGCAAUCACAGCUUUGGUAGUCAUCCUGAGGAGUGUGAGGUAAACCUCAGUGUGAGAGAAGCUUUGGUGAGAGGCAGAACGACUCCUUAACUGACGUUUCGCCCACAUCCAUAGAUGUGGGCGAAACGUCAGGAGAGAAUGCUUCUGGAACAUGGCCAGACAGCCCGGAAAACUCAUAGCAACCCAGAUGAUGUCAUCCUUUUCUUUCAAUUCUUCCAACACCUCUUUGGACUUGGCUCCUUCUCCCCCCUCCAUUUUUUAAAAAAUAUUGACAAAAUUUCCCAAAAAAAUAUUAAAUAGUGUAAAUGAUGUUUCAUAGAAAUUUCUAUUGGGGGACAAGAGGCCGCUGCUUUGUAAUUAUUCGUGGCUGAAUUUACGACCCUCCCGCCCCUCGCACUCCAGUGCCUUUAGGUCUAUAUAUAUAUAUAAAUAUAUAUAUCUUGUGGGGUUUUCUUUUUGUUGUAUGGUUUUUAACGGGAGAGAAAAAGAGACAAUGGAUCCUGUAUCUCUGUUUUCUAACCUGGGAGGGGCGGGCAAGUGGGGACAAACUGUGAACCGAAUGAUUAUGCGACAUUAUUAAAGAAAAGAAUUAGUCACUGGAUAAAAAAA